UCUCUCUCUUGCUCACGAGAAUGUCAGAGACAAUCAUUUCUCUGCUGUUGGAGAAGGUGGCCGGUUUUGCGCAAGAUGAAAUCCUGAAAGCUGCAACUGCUAAGGCUGAAGUGGAAAAGCUGGAGACAAGACUGAAAGCAAUCCAACCCUUCCUCAGAGCUGCCUACAACGAGCAGUUCUCGUCAAAAGACGUUAAGGACUGGGUGUGGAGGCUGAACGAGGUCAUCUAUGAUGCUCUCGAUGUCAUCGACCUCUAUCGGAUCAAGUCAAAGGUACACAAAGGUCUCAACUCGGUUGCCAGAUUCCCUAAGACAAUUCGUCUCCUUCGCAAAACCGGCACUAAGAUAAUGAAGAUCAAUGAGAGACUCAAGAUGAUGGAUGAGGAGAAAAAUCAGUAUGGCCUUAAGCCAAUGUUGGAAGAAUCAUCAACCUUAGUUUACAGUUUGGGAGUUCUAAAGGAAGAGCGCGAGACAAUUUCAGCUAUCACAGACAUGAAGAUUAUAGGAAGAGAGGAAGAUGAAGAAGUGGUGCUCAAGUGGUUGUUUGAAGAAUCAAACCCACAUGAAGAUAGCGCUUCUGUUAUAGCGAUUGUAGCGAUGGGUGGAGUUGGAAAGACUGCUCUUGCCAAAAAACUCUACCAUAACAGUAGGGUACAGGAUUACUUUGAUAAAUGCAUGUGGGUUUGUGUUGCAGAGACGUCAAAGCUAUCGGAUCUGUUCGGAAAGAUAUUAGAAGUGGUGGAAGAAAAAGGAAGUUGUUCCACGCAAUUACCUACUGUUGCUGAAGCCCUACGUUCCAAGAUCACCGAUCACUUGAAGAAUAAAAGGUUUCUGCUGGUAUUAGAUGACGUUUGGGACAAUGCAUGGUGGAAGGAGAUGAAAGGUCUCUUGCAAGAUUGCACAUCAGGGAGUAAGGUGCUCAUAACCACUAGGCAGAUGGAAGUUGCCAAAGCCAUAGGGCUUGCACACUUGCACGAGCUUAAAUGCCUAAAUGAGGAGCAAAGUUGGGAACUAUUUUUAAGCAAGACAUUAAGAAGAGGUGAGGAUGAGAGAGAUCUUGAUGGAGUGAAGGAUGUUGGAAAAGCAAUAGUGCAGAAAUGUGGAGGAUUGCCUCUUGCCUUGAAUGCCGUAGGUGGUCUUUUACAACAGAAGCAGAGAAGAAAGCCUGAUUGGCAAGACGUUCUUAGAAGUCCACUUUGGAAUUGGAAAGGUCCACAAAAUAACAACAAAGUGUUCGCUGCAAUUGCCUUGAGUUACAUGACCAUACCGUUCCAAUUAAAACAGUGUCUCACAUAUUGUUGCAUGUACCCCAAGGAUUUUGUAAUGAAGAAGACAGAUUUAGUGAGGCUUUGGGUUGCAGAAGGUUUUAUUUCGACGGAAGAAGGUAUGGAGAUGGAGGUUACAGCAGAAAGCUGUUUGCACACAUUGGUUGGCUGUAGUUUAAUCCAAGACGCAGGAAAUGGGAGAUACACCUUACAUGAUCUUGUUCACGACUUUGCUCUUUACAUGAGAGAGAAGGAAUAUGUGAGCACAGAUCAAUUGAACUCUAAAAAGGUUUUUCAUCAUGCUCGCUAUGUUUCAUCAGUUGGUGGAGGGUGUUCAUCGGAGACACUGAGAGGACAAGAGAAGUUGAGGGGAUUAAUGUGCCAUGAGGUUGAUUGCGUACCUACCUUCAAUUUUGUUGCUUUUAGGUGGUUAAGGGUGUUGGACUUGCGGUGGGGCAAAUUUUCAAAACUGCCGGAGUCAAUUGGGGACCUAAUGCUCUUGAAGUACAUCAAUCUUUUAGGUGCACGAAUAUUUGAGUUGCCUGAAUCCAUCAUUAGACUUCGUGAGUUGCAGACAUUGAUCCUGAGUCAUAGCGAGGUAAAGAGACUUCCAAACAAGAUCUCAGAAUUAGGUUCCUUGAGACAUCUUGAUAUCGAUGAAACAGAACUUCUAGAAUAUUUACCAAGUGAAAUUGGGAUGAUGACUUGUUUGCAAACAUUGUCAAAAUUUGUGGUCGGCAGCGGUAGAACAUUGGAUGAAAGCAUGGGAAGCAGUUUAUCUGAGCUACGUGAACUAAACUAUUUAAGAGGAAAUCUGAGAAUAGAGCACUUAGAAAGAGUCGGUAGUCUAGAAGAGGCAGACCAUGCAGAAUUAAAAAGAAAAGAAAGUCUGCAUGGAUUGCAUUUAUCUUGUGACAUGAGUUAUGACAUUGAAUUCAAUAAAACUGUCAUAGAAAAAGUGGAGCAAGUUUAUGAGCGGAUGGAACCUCCAACAGCCAUUGAAAGUAUUAGUAUUAAGUAUUAUCCAGGUACGAAAUGUCCCACCUGGAUUAGUUCUAGCACAUACUCUUGCUUGCGAAACAUCGAAGUAUGGGACUGCAAAUUCUUAGAAAACUUGCCCAACCUUGGGUUCUUGCCCAAUCUGGUGGACUUAUUAAUAUAUAGUGUCAAAAUGAUCAAGGUGUUUGAUACUACAUGCGACCACAUGUGUGGAAAAGUCGCAUUUCCCAAGCUAGAAAAACUACGGUUGUGGACCAUGAAGAACUUGGAGGAGUGGAAGUUUGAUUCAAAGGUAGAGAAUAUGCCUUGCCUUGAGGAGUUGGAUAUCCAAGGUUGCCCAAAUUUAAGGGCAAUCCCAUUCUUUUCAACCCUCAAGAAACUAACAAUUGAGUACAUGGCUGGGUGGGGAGGUUGGCCCAUGGCGAAGGAAAGAGAUAUGCCAUGUCUGAAAAAAAUGAGCAUUUCAUCAAGUGAAAAGUUGAAGCUCUUACCACGUCUCUCUUCUGGGCUAGUAAAGACAACAAUAAUCAGCUGUCCCUCCGUUACUUUGACCAGCAUGCCGGAGCUAAAGAAGGUGAGGCAUUUGGACGUUAUUUCUUGUCCAAAUCUAGAAUAUUCUCUUCUCCAAGGACUUCAAGAUGGCAAGCUCGAGUCAUUGGUGAUUGAAGACUGUUUGAAUCUAUGUUCAAUACCAGUUAUCACAGGAUUAAAAAGGCUACAUUUAAGGAACUUACCUCGGCUCCAGUCAUUGUGUAUGACGUUUGCUAGUACUAUGGGAUUGAAGUUUCUGAGUUUAAGGAACUUGCCUCAACUCCAGUCACUGCCUUCGACGUUUCUAGAUAGCCUUAGGGGGCUUGAAGAGCUGGACUUGCGUCAUAUGCUUGGGUCUGUGGAUGUAGAGGAGCUUCUUGCCCGGUUAGGAAUGGAAAGGUUGAGGAGGUUGAGAGUAAGUGGGUUUCACGAUCUGGGAGUGGAGUGGUUGGAGAGUCGAAUCAGUGACUUGCUUCAGCUGAAACAGCUAGACAUAGAGGAUUGUCCCAGACUACUGAUGUCCGUCAUAAAUGUUCUCAAACAACACCCCCUCCCCAACCUUGAAUUUUUGCGACUUGCCAGCUUGGUCAGUGAUGGUCCGAUACGGCCGACAUACGUAAACAUGAAAUGUGAGUUAGUCAUAGAUUCUGUGGAAACGAGCAACAAGUUGGCUGGUUUAAUGGAAAAGUUGAGCAGCAAGGUAAGGGGUCUAGACAUUAAGGUGUUGGCUGGCGUGGACUCACUACCAGAGUGGAUUCAACAACUUCACCAGUUGCAAUACUUGAGAGUUCAUGAAAGUCCUCAUCUCACUCGUUUGCCUCAUUGGUUGAACAAACUGUCCCAACUAGAAUGGUUGGAGUUGGAUAAUCUGCCAGAGUUGGUAGAAGUGCCUGCAGUAGCAUUCAAAUGUCUCGAAGGGCUCCAGUCACUCCAUAUCUAUUCCUGUCCAAAGUUGAGUUCCUUGCCAGAUGAGCUUUCAAGUCUCCCCAGGCUUCGACACUUGAACAUUUUCGGUGCUCUCUGGCUGAGUGGUGGCGAACGCAAGGCCAAGGCCAGGACAAGUUCCCCAGCCUCCGUGACAUCCUUUCUGAAGAAAAUCAAAUAUGAAAAUUGCCGAUACUUGAAGUGAAUCGGUGGACAUUAUCAAAUGGUUUCCAAGAAUUUUGAAGAUCAUGCUGAGCAGCUGCAGAAGUUUUCUCAUCAUGGGCCGUUUCUACUCAUUGUUUUGAUGCCAUCAUCCACUGAUCAAAUCGGAUGUGUUUCAAUGUAUCUACAUGUGUUUACACGUACAGUCUUGUUUGUUUUGGCACAACCUUUUUGCAUUGGAUGUGUGUAUUCUUUUAGCAUCUGUUGGAAUCAAACUGUAAAGUCAUUCUGUCGCAGGGAAUGAAAGUUGAGACCUGCAAUUGGGACAGAGACAGCUUGGGUGGGGAUUUUGGUCUAAGGAACUCACCCUGGUUAUGUGACCUGGUUGAAUAAGAGAGGUGCAUACUUUUUGCUUGUUUUUC